AUGACAUUAAAAUAUAGAUUAAGGCUACUAUUAGUUGUCGUGAUAUUUCUAAUAGGUAUCCAUCUUAUAUACACCAAAACCAUCACAACUAAUAAUUUUCAAAAUAUACUAGAUAAUUCAAUUAUAAAUAAUUUAUCACAACAACAACAAUCAUCACAACAACAAAAUCAAAGAAUAAAACCAAUACCUGGACAACAAAUAGAUCCAACUAAAAAACCUCAACAACAAGAACAAUUAAAAUCUGACUUUAAAAAAAACCCAAAGAUUCAAGAUUUUACUAUAUUUUUUGACAAUUUGGAGAAAUACUCGAUUGAUCAACCAUCAAUUAAAGAUAAAUAUAAAACAGUUCAUGCAGAAGAAUUAUUUUCAUCUAAUGACGAUUUCUUGUUUAACAAGGAAUACUUGGAAAAUGUAUUAGAUAUACCCGAGGCAACUUAUGAUGAAUUAAAAUCCAAACAUUCACAAUAUGUAAAUAAAAGAAUACCUGAAUUAUUAGAGAAAGGAAUAUCGACAUUUGGUAAUCAAGUACCACAAAAUAAAGAAGAAUGGGAUAAUUAUCAUGGAUCAUCAGGUUAUGUUUUAGUGGGAGGUGGAAAAUAUAGUUGGUUAUCCUUUUUGGUGAUCAAGCAACUAAGAGAAGUUGGAUCAAAAUUACCAAUUGAAUUAUUUUUAUCGUCAAAAGAUGAAUAUGAAGAAAAAUUUUGUAAACAUUUGGAAGCUAAAUAUAAUGCAAAAUGUAAUGUAUUUAAUAAAAAAUUAUCAGAUAACUUAUUCAAAAGAUUUAAAAUUGGAGGGUACCAGUAUAAAAUGUUGGCAUUAUUAAGUUCAAAAUUUGAAAAUGUAUUAUAUUUAGAUUCUGACAAUUUCCCAACUACAAAUAUGGAUUACAUAUUUGAUACAGAUUUAUAUAAAAGAAAUCAGUUAUUAUUAUGGCCAGAUGCAUGGGCAAGAACUACUAAUCCAAAAUUUUAUGAUAUUGCCAACGUUGAAAUAAAAGAAAAUAAAUUAAGAUAUUCACAAUAUGAUAUAAAACAAGCUGGUGGUAAAGAAAAAUUAAGACCCUUAACAAGCUAUUCAUUUGAAAAUUCUUGGUUCCAUGAUUUCGAAGGUACAUUACCUGAUCCAACAUCAGAAACAGGAGUAUUUAUAAUAAACAAAACAACUCAUUUAAGAACAUUAUUAUUGGCAUUGUACUAUAAUGUAUUUGGACCAGAUUUUUAUUAUCCAUUAUUAACUCAAGGUUCAGCAGGUGAAGGAGAUAAAGAAACUUUUAUAGCUGCUGCUCAUGUGAUGAAAGAACCUUGGCAUCAAACUUUAAAACAAUUUUUAUGGACUGGAUAUGUAUCAAAAACAGAUAACAAAUUCACUGCUAAAGCUUUAGGUCAUUAUGAUCCUAUAAAGGCAAAAGAAGUUUCUGAAAAAUUAGAAUCUGGGGGAGAUGAUUCAUUAAGUGAUGAAGAAAAAAAAGUAAAUGUUGUAUUUAUGCAUUUAUCAUACCCUAAAUUUUAUCCAAAUUGGUUAGUAGAUAAUCAUAAUUUAAUCUAUAAAGAUACUGCUGAUCAUAUAAGAAUGUACGAAAUGGUAAAUGAAAACAUUGGAUAUGAUUUUGAUUUAAGAAUGUUACAGUUUUUCACAGAAGCAAUUUGUCCAAAUUAUUAUGGUGAUGAUGGAUUAGCUACUGAUAAUGAUGUUAUAUUAGAUAAACAUAAUACUUAUAUGGGAGAUUAUUUGAAGUAUAUUAAAGAUGAUGAGGAAAAUAAUAUUAAAAGAUGUAAUGAUGUAUUUUUACCACAUUUACGUUGGUUAAAAGAGACUAAAAAGAAUUAUGGACCUCAAGAAGUUUGGUGA